AUGAAUCCGUUCUCUAUCAUUAAUCCAAGUACAGAUGAAGAAAUUUGUCAAGUAGAAGAAGGCACAAAAAGUGAUCCUGAUAAAGCAAUUGAAGCUGCUGAAAAUGGUUUCCAAUAUGAUUCACCAUGGCGUAAGUCUGAUCCUGCUGCACGUGCUCAGUUAAUUUGUAAACUUGCUGAUUUACUUCUACGUGUUGUGGGUUAUUUAGCAAAAUUAGAAACACUGAGUAGUGAAAAACUGCUACAAGAGAGUUAUUGCGAGAUUCUUGGAGCAGCUGUUUGUCUUGAUUAUUGUAAGCCUCUCUGUCAUUCUCUUUUUUUUUAUUAUCGACGAUAUUCACAUGUUACAGAUGCUGGAUGGGCUGAUAAAAUCACUGGUGAAACACUUCCAUCAGAAUCAGUCGAUGUUACUGUUCGAACUGCUCAAAGAGCAGUUUUCACUCAUGCAGGUCAAGUAUGUUUUGCUGCAUCAAGAAUAUGUGUUCAUUCCAUACUUCACGAUGCCUUUGUGUCUAAAAGUGUCGAAUUAGCAAAGAAACGUAUUGUUGGUGAUCCAUUUGAUUCUACAACUGAACAAGGACCAUACGUAUAG